CGAGGACUGCUUCUAGUUCUAGGUAGUGGCAAUAUGGGCGACCGGUGGCUUCAAAUUCUCUCGUUGGCCAGUACAUAGCAUCAGCAAUCCAGGGUUUAUAUACAUCAUUUAUCCAAACAUAUCUGUCAUCGGGCCAGACACAUCUGUACUGUGGUGGUCCUUCAAACACAAAACGUAUCGUCUAAAUGCAACAUAUCUAGCGUAACAAUGCCUGUACAAAGUUUACCGAUUCGAGACUCUGCCUUCCAUGUGCGACUGCUGCAUCAGUACUUGAUUCUGCUGAAGAAUUACCCAAUUCUUACCAAAUCCGUGACGAGUGGCAUUCUCUCAGCAAUGGGAAAUCUUCUAUCGCAAGCAUUGGAAGCAAAACGAAAUGCCAAAGAAGGGACCCCAGUGAAGGAGAUUGACAUUUCAGGACCUGCCCGCUUUGCCUUUUAUGGGUUGCUCAUUACUGGGCCUGUAAGCCAUUACUUUUACCAACUUAUGGAGGUGUUGAUGCCUACCACUGUUCCAUACUGCAUGGUGAAACGCUUGCUCUUGGAUCGCCUUAUCUUCGCCCCUGCAUUCCUGCUGCUUUUCUUCUUUGUUAUGAACAUCCUGGAGGGUAAGAGGUGGGCAGACUUCCAGAGCAAAGUGAAUAGUAGUUAUUGGUCUGCCUUGAAGAUGAACUGGAAAGUGUGGACCCCCUUCCAGUUCAUCAACAUCAACUAUGUGGCUAUAGAGUUUCGAGUGCUGUUUGCCAACAUGGUGGCCUUAUUUUGGUAUGCUUACCUUGCGUCUGCGAGGAAGUGAAGACUCCCAAGAUCUUCUCCCUGAUUACUGAAGUAAGAAGGCACAGGGUGUGCCUCUGAAGCUGCAGAACAUUACAAGGACAGGCCUGUGAAUGCCAGUGCAGCAAGAUGGUACAACCAGGCAAAUUGACUGGGGUGAUGUGAAGGACUUCACUCGCAUACUACAAAAGUAUUACACUAACGAAAUCAUAACACAUCUAAUGGGUUGUUCACAUGCAGAAUAACCGAUAACUAAAAUGUUCAAUGUUAAUUCUUACUACUGAAAUUUCCAAUCUUAAAUUAAUUGUGCCAAGGUGUAUUUUGGUUUGAACAAUGAUAAAUACAUGUUACCUAUUCUUGAUAGAUACAAAUGUAUAUUAUAAUUUAAGAUGAAGCAAAUGUGCUGUAGGAAGUUAAUAUCAGUAACAAUUUCAACCUUGAAUGCAAUUCAUUUAGCACCAUAUGAAUAUGCAAUGUUAAGAUUUAUCAGACCAUUGUGUAUAUUGCUGACAAGGCUGGCCUGUAGUUUCCUCAUGUGGACUGCCUUCAGUUUAGUUUGAGUCUCAACUCAACUGUAAAUGUUACUGCUCUUUCUGUCUCUAUCAGGUAAAAUAAGGGAGCAACAGCACAUCGGACUGAAACGGCCAAAGUAUUUUACAUCCUGAUGCAUUUGAUUUAACUGUAUUUUAUAAAUGAAAGCAAAAACCAGUCCAUUACAUUGUUGCUUUAACUUUGGUUUUGAGUUGGAGCCAUGACAAUGAUGGUAGACUGAGUGUUAUACUUGGUUAUUACUUUAUUACAAUGUCAUUAACAUUAUUUCAACAAAAGCCAAUAUCAGCCAUGCUUAAUUUAAAAGUUUACAACUGACUACAAAAUGAACACUGAUCAUUUUUGGACAAGAUAGUUUUUUCUCUAUAGACAUGGAAUGCAUAAUAAGUUAAGGGCUUCAGGUGGUUUCAGGUCGAUACUGGGUAUCUUGAGCCUCCCCUUAGACGGAGCGUCAGGUGAAUAGUGCUUAGAUUUCUGACACCAUAGUCUUCCAGUUUCUUUCUAUCAUCGAGCUGCUUGCCCUCGUGAAUCAGCCUCUGUUGGUCGGCUGGGACUCCCUCCUUGUUUUGGACCUUGGCUUUGAACUGGGUUACAGUCUCACCUGACACCACCUCAUAUGUGUGCGUCUGGCCCUUUUCGUUUUUCAGGAACACCUGGAUAUGAGUGGGUUCUGUAAUCAGCACCAUCACUUUGGAUCCUGAAUGCAGGCCAUAGUCACUCAAAGUUUUUGAAUCAUCGCUGAGACGGAUGUUGUUCCCAUUGACACCUGACAGCCUCUGCCCUUCCAUGGCCACUCCAAAGUGUUGGUUGAUCAGACUCUUGAGUGACCCCACAGUGGUGUGUG